AUGUCUUUAAUAAUCUCCCAGGAUAUCACCCAGCCCAUAAAUGUGUCCACAUUGGAACGUACGGCGGCCAGCUCGAGAGAUUCGGCUGUGACUAGUGCUUACCGGAACGAUCCCUGGUUGCGAGGCUCUGCAGCGAUUGAUCAGAAAUUCUGUCAAGUCGAUAGGGACCUCUUGUUCCAAAUAUUGAUGAUUGAAAACAUUAGCAAGUCGAAAUUGAGUCAAAUUGAUGAUAUCAAGACUAGGUUGGAUCCCAAACAACAAAAGAGCGAUAGGUUAAGUUCCGGUAGGGAAAAAGUGGUUAUCAAUCAAGUCGAUGUGGAGAAUGAAGAAACUAACCUCGAUCAAACUAUCCAGUCAUCCAAGAGGAACGUUUUCAAAUUGACUAUACAGGACAAGACGGGUGCAAUAUAUUAUGCGAUGAACUCGACCAACUUGCCUUGGCUGGCAGUUUGUAUGCUCGGUUCCAAAUUAAUCAUCAAUCGCGGUACAAAUUUCGUAAGAGGAGUCUUCUUGCUUAAUGAAUCAAACUGCACCUUCUUAGGUGGAGUGAAUCAACUAUGGAAUGAGAAUCGAGAAGCUAAAGUGCAAGAAUAUUUGGAGGCCAAAUUGCAUAGAGAGAAUGGAUCUCCUAACUCCGGUCAUAGAAAGAAACGAAGUAAUAUAAUGACAUAG